CUUGUGCGCGUGCGCAGUGGAGGAGAGAGGGUCCGGCGAGUAGCAGCCAGCCCCGCCGCGCGUUCUAUUUACGAUUUCCGUACGAAUCCCGAACGGCGAGCGGGCGCUCCGGCACCCCCGAAGUUGCAAAGGACUUAAAAAUGGAUCCCGAAAUGUUUCUCGAUGUCGCCAACCAGGUGGCAAAGCUCAAAAUGUACCCGUACUUCGACAUUGCCCACUGUAUAAUCACCUGCCUGUACCUGCGCGAGGACUUAGGAGCCGGUUCCCAGCUGUUCUCGAGGAAGCACCCAAUGUCCUGCUGGAUAUCAAGCAUGUUUUCCAUUUUUGCUGGCGGGAUCUUGUCAGCGUUUCUGCUGGGUGAGCCCGUCCUGGGAGCCCUCAAGAACAACCAGCAGAUACUGCUUGCUACUGCAGUGUGGUACGCCAUCUUUUACUCGCCCUUUGACAUCGUGUACAAGAUAUGCAAGUUUUUCCCCUGCAAGCUUGUGAUUGCGCUGAUGAAGGAGGUCACGAGGUGCAAGAAAGUUCACGACGGCGUCAUGCAUGCCGCCAAGAUCUAUCCCAACAGCUACCUCAUCAUGAUCAUCAUUGGCGUUGUCAAAGGUAACGGGUCAUCAUUUCUCAAAGUCUUCGAGCGGCUACUCCGCGGCUUCUGGACUCCAGGAGCCAUGGAGAUCAUGCAGCCUAGCUUCGCUACAAAAGCAUGCCUGGUGGCCUCAGUGAUCUUUGUGCUGGACAAGAAGACCGAGUACGUCUCGGCACCACACGCGCUCGUCUACCUGGGCAUCGUGGUGUUCCUGCUUUACUUCAAGCUGUCGGCCAUGCUCCUGGGCAUCCACGACCCGUUCCUGCCCUUUGAGAACCUCUUCUGCGCAGUCUUCCUGGGUGGUGUCUGGGAUGCCUUGGGACGGGCACUCACUUCCAGCCGUGGAGGUGAGGGCAAGACGGAUGCUGCCAAGAAUGGAAAGUCCGAAGCCACCAAGAAAAAGGACUGACGCUGCGGCCCCUCCCAACUCGCUGCAUGUCGUGUUCACUGCGAGACGUCACUGCUUCCUCCCUCUUUUUUUCCAAUUUCCUCCAGGGACACACCAGCGACAAAACAA